AUUUUGACCCCAAAUGGGGUUUUCCUUGCAGCCACACUUUCGGUUUCAGAUUUGAUCCUUAUAUGGAGGUUUCAGUCACAGCAUUCUCAUCGCUCUUGUUUAGUUACUAAUUUUAAACUAUAAUAUAUUAAAUAAAUGUGGCGGGGAUACUAAAACACAUCGAUUCUUGACAUUUUAAACAGUUUCAGUACUAUCAGCUAACAAGUAUUCGUCUGGCAGUGCAGGAGAUGAAGGAUAAGAUGGCUGUUCCUCUCUUCGCCCUGUUGGCAUUGUGUGUGGACGUGUUUGCAGUGAUGUUCAUCGGUGCCAUCCAGCUGUCCCUCAUCAGCAACGCCUUCAUCAUGCUGUGGGCUGGUGGACUGGUCCGAAUCAUCCUCCUCCUCUUCGUCUCCUUCGCCUACUCCGGCAGCCCGGCGUGGAUGAGAGGAUUCGAGGGGGUGCAGACGGCUGUCGUUCACGGCCUCCUCUAUCCGGUGUAUAUCUCCUUCCUCUGGGCUUGUGGCAAGUCUACUGUGGAGCUGGUGUGGGGUUGGCACACCUGGCAAGGGCUUCUGCAGGGGUAUUUGGUGUUGGCUUUGUCUCUGUUGGUGUGGAAGCGCCAUAUACCCACUAUCCUUCCGACAGCCAAAAAGCAGAAAACAGAGAAGAAGGGCAAGGCUUCGCUGCAGAGGCUGCUGGGAUACAUGAAGCCGUUCGGUGGACGCUUUGCAGCCGUCUUUUUCUUUGUGGUUAUAUCUUCCUUAGGUGAAAUGGCGAUUCCUCAUUACACCGGUAAAAUGACAGACUGGAUCAUGAAUGAAGAUGAACCUGAGGCCUUUAACCAUGCUAUCACCGUCAUGACCCUGAUGACCAUCAUGAGCGCCGUGUGUGAGUUUGUGUGCGACCUCAUCUACAACAUCACCAUGAGCCGAAUACACACCUCCAUCCAAGCGCUCGUCUUCCAGUCCGUGCUGAAACAGGACAUUGCGUUCUUCGAUAAAUCUUCCACAGGCGAAAUCGUAUCUCGCAUCACCACCGACACCAACACCAUGAGCGAGUCUCUGAGUGAGAAGCUGAGCCUGCUCAUGUGGUACUUCAUGCGUGUCUUCUUCCUGUUCGGCUCCAUGCUGCUGCUCUCCCCCAAACUGUCCGUCUUCACCGCACUCGGCCUCCCCAUCAUCUGGAUCAUCCCAGAGUUUUCCGGCCGGUUCUACCAGAAACUUUCUGUGCAAGUGCAAGAAUCUCUGGCGAAGGCCAAUGAUGUUGCAACGGAAACGUUCUCUUCCAUGAAGACAGUCCGGAGCUUUGCUAACGAGGACGGAGAAACCGAGAGGUACAAGAAGUGCCUAGAGAGCACAUACGCCCUGAACAAAGUGGAAGCUGCUGCUUACGCUGCCUCAACCUGGACCAAUAGUAUGUCCAGUCUGGCUUUGAAAGUCAGUAUACUAUACUAUGGAGGACGGCUUGUGACAGGAAGUGAUGUCAGUAGCGGUGAUCUGGUGUCCUUUGUGCUGUAUGAGCUUCAGUUCACUUCAGCUGUGGAGGUGCUGAUGUCAUACUGGCCGCAUGUAAAGAAGGCGGUCGGUGCUUCAGAGAAGAUCUUUGAGUAUGUGGACCGAAAGCCUGAAAUUCCUCCAGACGGCUCUCUCGCUCCUCGAACUCUAAAAGGACAUGUGCGCUUCGAAAAUAUCACCUUUGCUUAUCCAAAGCGACCGGACACAAAUGUGCUGAAGAACGUUUCUCUUGAGCUGAAGCCAGGUCAGAUCACGGCUCUAGUGGGUCCAUCAGGCUCUGGAAAAACCUCUAUUGUGAGUUUGCUGGAGAGAUUUUACCAGCCUCAAAAUGGGGAGAUUUUAUUGGACAACACGCCACUGUUGAGCUACAAAGACCAAUAUCUGCAUGAGAAGAUUAGCGUGGUGGCGCAGGAGCCAGUUCUGUUUGCUCGCUCUGUGCGGGAGAACAUCAAAUAUGGCAAAGAAAAUGCCUCAGAUGAAGAAAUACAAGCUGCUGCCAAGCUGGCCAAUGCAGAUGACUUUAUCUCUAAUUUACCUAAAGGAUAUGACACGGAUGCUGGAGAGAAGGGCGGUCAGGUUUCCGGAGGUCAGAAGCAGCGUAUCGCCAUCGCUAGAGCUCUGAUUCAGAAACCGCAGAUUCUAGUGCUCGAUGAUGCUACCAGCUCACUGGACACAGAGAGUGAACACAGGGUCUACAGCGCUCUGCGGAAGGACCUGAAGAGCUGCACGGUGCUGCUCAUCACUCACAGACUGAGCGGCGUGGAGAACGCAGAUCACAUCCUCUUCCUCCGAGAAGGGGAAGUGGUCGAGGAGGGCAACCAUGAACAACUUCUGGCCAAACAGGGAUACUAUGCAGAGUUCGCCAAACAACAAAACACUGCAAUCCAUCGCAACAACGCAGAAGACGUCACAAACGCCGACCAAUGAUCAUCCACAUCAGCUAUCAUGUGAUGCCAGCACAAAUCAGACGACACAUUUUUGCAUCUUUUCUCCAUUAGUACAUAUUUCUCAGCUGUUCGUUUGUGUAAAUGCUGCUAGUGUUUUUAAAUUAGGUGUAAAUAUCAUAAAAAAUGAGAGAAAAGAUGUGGGUGAAUCUCACUAAAAUAUGUCCCCCAAAUCCAUUAUAUUUGAUUAUUUUAGAAAUUUUUUAGAAUCGUUAUCAUUUUUUUUCAUUGUGACUUAUUUUUCCCAAUUCACAUUAAUAUAAUAUGGUUUAGUUUUGAGCGUAAUUAUUAUCACUUUCAUUGGUGAUUCUCAUUAUGAACACACAAGAAUGAAACUCAUAUAAUGCAGUGCCAUAAAUCAAAAUGCAUGAUGUGCAAAAAAAAACAACAAACAAACAAACAAAAAAACUACUGCACACAUAUUGUAUUUCAUAGUGUUCACCAGAGUAUCCAUUGGACAUGUAUUAUAUUUCCCUUUUAUUAUGUAAUGCAUAAUUAAUGCAUAAUUAAAUUGCACAGGUGUAUUUUUAGUUGCACUAAAUCGUUUGUUAAAAAUUAUUUACAUGAUAUAUAUAUAUAUAUAUAUAUAUACACACACACACACACACACACAUGCUUGCAAAACUUUUAACACACUUUGUAAUAAUAUAUAUUUAUAUAUUGCCAUGAAAAUAAUGUGGGGAAAAAAUUUUCUUUAAACAAAACAUAAUUAUUAUUAUUAUUUUUUUUUAUUUCUGAAUAUAAAAUGUUCUAUUCUUGACAUGUUUCAGGAGAUUCACUCAUAAACCGUUAUCCAGGGCAUAGUAACUCGCUUGUUAUACAAUUUCCAGCACUUAAAUCAUAUCUGUUUUUUAUGCUUAUGAUUCUUUGUGUUUUUUUUAUUUGCUAUAUAAAUUGAUAGAAUUAUGCAAAGCAUAUUUUUUGUCCUGUGGCUGAUAUGUGUUCAUGUUGUACAUAAACAUGUAGUGCGUCAUUUUCAAACAUUAUUUAAUGCUUGCCUGUUUACUUUCUUAAAAGCUUGAUGUUGAUUAAAAAAUGAUGGUCAUA